AUGUCUUACCAAUAUCCGCGACACAGCCCCUCGCUCUCUCCCAAUCGGCCUCUCGAGAACAACUACUGGCGUCCUAGCCGGAGCCCGGGCACCACUGGACUGGGCGGGUAUGGUCUUUCACAGUCUCCCGGGAUAUCGAACAAUCUGAACAAUUUCUUCACCGGCGACCGCGGCCUCCCCAUGUACAAGGAUAAGCCGUAUUUCGCGCCCCGGCGCACUGGCCCCAGACUCAGACGGAGGAGGGCUGUGUACGGUGUCGGUGUGUUGGUGUUUCUGGCUGUCGUUUGGUAUUAUGUAUUUGGAGGAUGGGGAGGGCCCGCACUGAAAACGCCCGAUUCGGCGCGCGGAGAAGCGCUCUGGGCGUGGGUGCAGAGCCUCGACAGCACGGACCCGACGUACGACGGGACGCUACAGAAGGGCAUCGACUGGGCCGCGCGGAGAGAAAAAGUCAGGGAUACAAUGAUCGUCAGCUGGGAUAGCUAUGAACAGCAUGGUUGGGGUCUUGACGAGUACCGCCCGCAGGCUAAGAAUGGCAAGAAUAUGGUCGAAGGUGGCAUGGGAUGGAUUAUUGUUGACGCACUUGAUACGCUCAUGAUCAUGAACCUGACCUCGCGCGUCCAACACGCUCGCAGCUGGAUCCACCACACAUUGCAGUACAACCAGAACCACGACGUGAACACGUUUGAGACGACCAUUCGGAUGCUGGGUGGGCUUCUCUCAGCGCAUUAUCUCUCUUCGACCUUCCCCGACCUGGCGCCGAUCACAGAUGACGACGCGGGCUCGCCCGGCGAGGACCUGUAUAUCGAAAAGGCAACUGACCUGGCCGAUCGAUUGAUAGGCGCUUUUGACUCCAAGUCCGGGGUGCCGUUCGCCAGUAUUAACCUCAACACAUCAGAGGGCAUCCCGUCCCAUGCAGACAACGGUGCUUCGUCAACGGCGGAGGCUACGACGUUGCAGUUGGAGUUCAAGUAUCUGGCCAAGCUGACUGGCGAGGCGGAGUAUUGGCGGGUCGUAGAGAAGGUGAUGCAGGUUGUGGACGAGCAAAACGCGAAAGACGGGCUUGUUCCGAUCUAUAUAUACCCCGACACUGGCCAUUUCCGGGGUGACAAUAUCCGUCUCGGCAGUCGGGGCGAUUCGUACUAUGAAUAUCUUAUCAAACAGUAUCUCCAGACGUCUGAACAGGAGCCCGUGUACAAGGAGAUGUGGGACGAAGCGCUCGUCGGCAUUCGGAAACACCUCAUUGCGUACAGCAAAAACGCCCAGCUGACCAUCCUGGGCGAGCGUCCCUCCGGCCUUGACGGCGCCCUAUCCCCCAAGAUGGACCACCUCGUGUGUUUCCUGCCGGGCACGAUCGCGCUCGGCGCCACCGGCGGACUACCCCUGUCACAGGCGAAGAAGUCCUCGACGUGGACGCAGCGGCACGACGAGGAGAUCCUCCUCGCCAAGGAGCUCAUGAAGACCUGCUGGGCGACGUACCUCGCCACCAAGACCGGCCUCGCGCCCGAAAUCACCUACUUCCAGAUGGACACCCCGGCCGUAAUGGAGAGCGACGCGUACCCGGACUCGACCCUCGCCACGGGCAACCGCGAGUCGCAGCAUAAGGAUCUGCCCCUACGAUCGAAGCCGCUCUACCCGCUCGCCGACGAGACCCUGACCUGGCGCGACGACAUCCAGAUCCACACCCAGGACCGCCACAACCUCCAGCGGCCCGAGACCGUCGAGUCGCUCUUCUACAUGUACCGCAUCACCGAGGACGAGACCUACCGGCAGUGGGGGUGGGAGAUGUUCAAAUCCUUUGUGCGCCAUACAGCUGUUGUAGAGCACGACCCGCUCGUGUCGGAGGACGCGGCCAACGGACAGGAGCCAGCGGCGCAGCGUCCCUCCCGCAUCGUGGGAUUUACCUCCCUCUCCAACGCCGACACGAUCCCCGCCGUCCAGCGAGACAACAUGGAGAGCUUCUGGAUGGCCGAGACCCUCAAGUAUUUCUAUCUGCUCUUCUCGGAUCGCGAGUUCCUCCCCCUCGAGAAGAACGUGUUCAACACCGAGGCCCAUCCCUUGCCCCGCUUCCAGCCGGGAGGGGAGUUGAAAACGGGAUGGACGCGGAAGAGCCGGGAGACGUGA